AUGUCUCACAGUGAUCCCAGUUUAUUCGUGAAGUAUUCCGACUCCGCUAUUGUGGUUUUGUUGCUCUAUGUCGACGACAUUAUUCUCACUGGCUCAAAUCCACAGGUCAUCCAGGAGGUAAUUACAGAGCUUGGUUCAGUGUUUGAGCUCAAGGAUAUGGGCAUCCUUACUUAUUUCCUUGGUCUUCAGAUUUCCUGUAAGUCUAAUGGAGACAUCUUUGUUAGUCAACAAAAAUAUGCUACUGAUUUGUUAGCAAAGUCUGGGAUGAGUUCUUGUAAACCCUGUCCUACACCUCUGAAACCUCACACACAGAUUUUACUCACUGAUGGUAUCCCUUUGAAGGAUCCAAAACAGUAUCGUAGCAUUGUUGGUGCUUUACAGUAUCUUACCUUUACAAGGCCCGACAUUGCCUAUUCUGUUAAUACUGUCUGUCAAUUCAUGAAUAAUCCUACCGAGCAUCAUUUCUUCUUAGUGAAACGCAUUCUGCGUUAUCUACAGGGCACACUCAGUCAUGGUUUUACUUACUCUUCUUCAGGUCCCUUACUCUUGUCUGCUUAUAGUGAUUAUGACUGGGCGGGUGAUAUUAACACUCGCAGAUCCACUACGGGCUUUGUGGUGUACUUGGGGUCUAACCCAAUCUCAUGGCAAUCCAAGAAGCAAGGUUCUGUUUCACGCAGUUCCACUGAAGCCGAGUACAGGGCUCUUGCUAAUGCCUCAGCAGAUGUCGUCUGGAUUCGGCAGCUUCUUGUUGAUCUACAUGUAUAUUUGUCUGAGCCUCCUAUUCUGUAUUGCGAUAAUCUGUCAGCAUUGGCUUUAAGCUCCAAUCCUAUAUAUCACUCCCGUAUCAAACACCUCGACAUUGACUUCCAUUUCAUCAGAGAGCGUGUGCAGCGCAGGGAUUUCUUAGUUCAGUAUAUACCAACUGAUGAGCAGGUCGCUGAUGUCCUGACUAAGGGACUUCAUAGUCCAGUUUUCUCUAAGCAUUGUACCAAUCUCAGAUUAGGUCCCUACUCUAAGAUUGAGGGGGGAUGUUUAGCUAAUGAUUAG